UAAAACAAAAGUUAGAUUUUUGUGGAUUGUGAAUUUGAUGUAUUGAAAUAAUGAAAUGUGAUUUGGACAUCAAACCUACUACUUAGUAGUGUAGUUCAUGCCGUUUAAAUACUUGUAUAUUACUUUUAAAAAAAAUUAAGUAUUAUUUGUUAUUUUGCUCAGUUAAAUAAAUAAAUAUUUUAUCUUAUAUCAUGGAAAAUUCAGAAAAUCAAUCUAUUAAAGUUGGAUUGUUAGAAGAGGAAGCUCGAAAACGCAAGGAACGAUUGGCAAAUUUGAAAAAAUCUUUAGAAAAUAAAAACGAAUCAAAAACCAACGAAGACAUUGUGGAAAAACCAUUACCUAAGCCAAGAUUCAAAAGUUAUAUUCCAGAAGAUGAAGGGCUUAAAGCUGAACUUAUACCUACUCCUCAACCAGGUAAUAUUGUUGCUGAAGUCGAGGAUCAAUUAAAAGCUGGAGAAACCGUUUUUACUGUUCAAGAAUUGGAUUUAAAUACAUUAGCACCAAGAAAGCCAGAUUGGGAUUUGAAAAGAGACAUAGAAAAGAGAAUG